AUGCAGACGACACCAGCAGAUCUCAAGGCUGAUGAGUCCAAGAUCGAUGAGGGCUUGUACUCGCGACAGCUCUACGUUCUCGGUCAUGACGCAAUGAAGAGGAUGGCAUCGAGCAACAUCCUCAUUGCCGGUAUGAAGGGUCUGGGUGUUGAGAUUGCCAAGAACAUUGCGCUAGCAGGUGUCAAGUCAGUCAACAUCUGGGACCCAGCUCCUGUGCAGACCAGCGACCUCGGAACCCAAUUCUUCCUCCGUCCUCAGGAUCUCUCUGCAGGCCCCGGAGGCGCUCCCCUCUCCCGUGCACAGGCUACCGCGCCUAGGCUAGCUGAGCUGAACAGCUAUGUACCCGUCAGAGUGGUCGAGGAGCCUCAGCUGACCGAAGAGGUACUGUCCAGGUAUCAGGUCAUUGUUCUGACCGAUGCGCCCCUCAAGCAGCAGAUUCAGAUCAAUGAAAUCAGCCGGAGGACCAAUACCUACUUCAUCGCCGCCGAUGUCCGAGGUCUCUUUGGCUCAGUCUUCAACGACUUUGGAGAUGACUUCAUCUGUACCGACCCAACAGGCGAGCAGCCUCUCAGCGGAAUGAUCGUGUCGGUUGACAGCGACAGCGAGGGCAUGGUCACGACUUUGGAUGAGACGAGGCACGGCCUGGAGGACGGAGACUAUGUGACCUUUUCUGAGGUGCAGGGCAUGGAGGCUCUAAAUGGUUGCGAGCCUCGUAAGGUGUCAGUCAAGGGCCCUUACACAUUCACCAUCGGCGAUACCUCGUCAGCGGGUACCUACAAGAAGGGCGGUAUCUUCACUCAGGUCAAGAUGCCCAAGAAGAUUCAAUUCAAGUCGCUAAAGGACAGCAUCCCCAAGCCAGAGCACCUCAUCUCAGACUUUGCCAAGUGGGACCGGCCCGCAUCCCUACAUGCAGGAUGGCAAGCUCUCCACUCCUUCUGGGAGCAAAAUGGCCAGCUCCCGCGCCCUCGUAAUGCUCAAGAUGCUGAGCAAGUUGUAGCACACGCAGAGAAGCUCUUCACGGCUGCUGGAGAAGACGGAGAACUGGCCAAGAAGGUGGUACAAGAGCUAUCUUUCCAGGCUAGGGGUGAUCUGUCACCCAUGGUCGCCUUCAUUGGAGGUUUCGUGGCUCAAGAAGCGCUCAAGGCCUGCAGUGGCAAGUUCCAUCCCCUCGUCCAGCAUCUCUACGUAGACUCGCUCGAGUCACUCCCCACGGGCAUCGAGAAGCUCCCUGAGUCCGAGUUUGCUCCCCAAGGCUCUCGCUACGAUGGUCAAGUUGCGGUAUUCGGCAAGGCCUUCCAAGAGAAGCUGACCAACGUCAGGCAGUUCCUGGUUGGCUCAGGAGCCAUCGGGUGCGAGAUGCUGAAGAAUUGGAGCAUGAUGGGAAUUGCCAGUGGUCCCAAUGGAGCAAUCGAUGUGACAGAUAUGGAUCAGAUUGAGAAGAGCAAUCUGAACAGGCAGUUCCUCUUCAGGCCCAAGGACGUCGGAGGUUUCAAGGCCGACACAGCAGCAGCAGCAGUGGCGGAGAUGAACCCCGACCUCAAGGGCAAGAUCCACAGUCACCAAGACCGAGUGGGACCUGAGACCGAGGGCACUUAUGGCGACGAAUUCUUUGAGAAGCUCACUGGUGUCACUAAUGCUCUCGACAAUGUGCAAGCUCGGCAGUACAUGGACAGGAGGUGUGUUUACUACCAGAAGCCUUUGCUUGAGUCGGGUACCCUGGGAACAAAGGCCAACACGCAGGUUGUGGUACCCCAUCUUACCGAGUCGUACUCGUCAUCUCAGGACCCUCCCGAGAAGUCCAUUCCGGUCUGCACACUCAAGAACUUCCCCAAUCAGAUUGAGCACACAAUUCAAUGGGGACGGGAGCAGUUUGAUGACUACUUUGUCAAACCAGCAGAGAAUGUCAACCAGUACCUUACACAGCCCGACUACCUUGAGACGACGCUCAAGAGCGGAGGCAGCCACAAGGAGCAGAUUGAGCAGAUCAAGGAGUUCCUCGUGGAGCAGCGGCCUCUGACAUUCGAGGCCUGCAUCGUUUGGGCACGGCUGAAGUUCGAAGAGAAUUACAAUAACAACAUCCGUCAACUUCUCUUCUCGCUACCAGAGGACGCCGUCACUUCCUCGGGUCAGCCAUUCUGGUCAGGACCCAAGCGAGCCCCAAAGCCAAUCACCUUCAAUGCAGAGGACCCAAUCCACAUGGAGUACAUUGUCUCGGGCGCCAACCUGCACGCCUUCAACUAUGGUCUUCGUGGCGAGACCGACAUGGCCGUCUUCAAGAAGGUGCUGAACCACGUCAUUGUGCCAGAGUUUACGCCAAAGUCGAAUGUCAAGAUUCAGGUGAAUGAGAACGAGGCGGCUCCCUCGAACAACAAUGAUGGAGACUCUGGCGAUCUCACCGAAGUCGUAUCAAGUCUGCCAAGCCCAGGCUCCCUUGCCGGCUUUAGACUCAAUCCGAUUGAGUUUGAGAAGGACGACGACUCGAACCACCACAUCGACUACAUCACUGCCGCCUCCAAUUUGCGAGCCAUCAACUACAGCAUCGCACCUGCUGACCGCCACAAGACAAAGGGUAUCGCGGGAAAGAUCAUUCCCGCCAUUGCUACAACGACUUCGAUGGCUACGGGUCUGGUAUGCUUGGAGCUUUACAAGCUCGUAGACGAGAAGAAGGACAUUGAGCAGUACAAGAAUUCCUUUGUGAACAUUGCCCUGCCCUUCAUGGCCUUUUCGGAGCCGAUUGCAGCCCAAAAGUUCAAGUUCAAGAACUCGGCAAAGUCGACGGAGGAAGAAUGGACCCUCUGGUCGCGCUUCGACGUCCCCGGCAAUCCUACAUUGAAGGAGUUCAAUGCUCACUUCUUGAAUGAGUACGGGCUAGAAGUGACUAUGCUCUCCUCGGGUGUGUCGAUGCUCUACUCUGGGUUCAUGCCGCCUAAAAAGGGUCAGGAUAGGCUCAGCAUGAAGAUGUCUGAGCUCAUCGAGACGGUGAGCAGGAAGGAUAUCCCACCCCAUGCCAGGUACCAGAUUGUAGAGAUGAUGUGCGAUGAUGCCGAUGGAGAGGAUGUAGAGGUGCCUUAUGUUCGAGUUCAAGUCAAGUAG